GCGAGAGUUCUGAGGGGAAAGCGCUGCAGGGUUUUUUGGCGUGUUUGCUGGCUGGAAAUCGCGCGCGACGGGACCGAGGACUUUCGAGGUCUUUUCUUUUUCUCAAUCUGGCAUCGCCAGAAGGUGUCAGUCUUGCGGCGGAAAUUUUCACCGGGGCAGCCCCGACUUUCCCGCCUCGCCACUGAGAGAUUUAUGGUACUUUGAAUCGUUUUUCAGCCCCCACGACGCGUUGCCGUUCUCCGCCUGUCUCUCUUAUCCGUCACCGGUUCCAUUUCGUCCUUCGUUUCCGUAGCCCACUCCCGGUUUUUCCCUCUGUCUCUCGAAGCCUCUGUCUGGUCCCCAGUCGCAAAGCUUGUGGGGGGUCACUUUUUCUUCACAUUUUUCUCCCUUACGCAGUCACGGAGUUCCCCUAACCGGCUCCUCAGUCCUUCUCGUCGUUUUCUCUUCCCCGGCCUUUUCCCCUUUAACCAGGGUGUCUAUCGCGGCUUUUCGGCGCCCGUCACGUCCCCCCUGAUCUCCGCUUCUGCUCGCGCCUACCGCAAGAUGGUUCGGAUCGAUAAGGACGACCUCCCAGCGGAGGAACAAGACCUCCUGGAGUUUCUGUCUGAAGACAGCGACGAAGGCGAAGAUGAUGAUUCUGAACAAGGAGAGGAGAAGCUGAAGGAGAAGCUUUCUCAGAUGGAGCCUCUUCUUCAGAUGGACUACUCCUUUCCGUCCACUAUCGUUCUUGUUGGUGUUCCCAAGGUCGGCAAAGACAAGCACGAGAAACUGCGUCUUGUCUUAGACAAGAAGAUGGGAGAGGAGUUGUUGAAGAAGGGCGCUGAGAGUGUAAACGAGGGCCUCACCAUUUCGAUGCCUGUCAACGAAGAAACCGGAAUGACAAAGGGCUUCUGCUUUGUCACGUUCAGCAACCAGUUUAACGCACAGCAUGCAGCGCACCACCUCAAUGGCUGGGCGCUGGAUGCGAAACACACUUUCCGGGCUGCUUUGUUGGACGACUUCGACGAGAUCGUUGGACGCGGCGCGAAUUACCGCCCGCCCAUCAAACUCCUCGGAUUCACCCGCGAGAACUUCCGCUGGUGGCUAUUGGAUGCCCGUGGCCGCGAGCAAUUCGUCAUUCGCUACGCUGGCGAGACGGAGAUUUACUGGCAUGACCCAAUUGAGAGAGACUGCAGCGUUCUGGUCUAUAACGGGCAUCGAGAGCGCGCUGACGGCAAGCGUGUGUGGACAGACUUCCGCGUCCAGUGGUCUCCUCAAGGUUCUUUCCUUGCGACGUUCCACAGGCCUGGUAUCGCGCUCUGGGCGGGUGACCAGUUUGAGAAGAAAGUUCGUUUUGAGCACAAAGACGUCAAACAGAUCGACUUUUCGCCCAAUGAGACGUACGUGAUCACUUGGGAUGGAAGCCCUGCCCAGCUGCGCAACGAGAAGGCGGUUCGCAUCUGGAAGGUCAUGACUGGCGAGCUUCUGCGGCAGUUCCCCACACCUGCUUACUCUCCUCGUGGAGGCGAAUAUCCGCAUUUUCUUUUCUCUCAUGACGACCGCUACGUUGCGCGCAUGGGCGAGAAGGAGCUCUGUGUCUACCAGAUGGAGUGCGACGACGAGCCAGAAGCUGAAGGCGAAAAGAGCGAUGAAAAAGGGAGAAAGGAUCGCUGCGCCGUUCGUCUUCUGCGUGACCCGCGCGACGGAAAGCUGUCGUCUCUGAAGUAUCCUCUUGAAAAGUUCGAGUGGUCGCCGACAGAAAACAUCAUUUCUGUCUGGAUCAAGGGAUCUGAAGAUGCUCCCGGUCGGCUGCUUUUGGUUGAAAUUCCGAGUCGUCGCGAACUGAGCAGCAAGAACGUGUACAACGUCAAGGGUGCGUCGAUGCACUGGCAGUCCAAGGGAGACUUCCUCUGCCUUCGUACGGUCGCGUUCAAGAAAACCGGAAAGAAGGGGAAGAAAGAGUUUACUCAGCUCGAAAUCUUCCGUAUGAGAGAGAAGGACAUCCCGGUCGACAACGUGCAACUCAACGAUGUGGCUGUGCAGCUGCACUGGGAAGAAGGAUACAGCAAGAGAUUCGCUCUUGUUGUCCACGAUGAGCAGACGAGCAACCAGGCUCUUCGAUUCUACCGCGUGUGCGAUGCCAGCGAAGACGGCAAGCGCGACACGAUUUUGAUUUACUCCUUCGACAUCAGUGGAUACAUGAACUACAUGCAGUGGUCGCCGUUUGGUUCGUACUUCAUCCUUGCUUCUCUCGGUCUCGACGGAACUCUCCUUUUUUGCUGCCUGAACGAUCAAGACACUGUCCAGGUGCUCCACAUGGAUGAACACUUCAUGGUCAACGAAGUCAGGUGGUCUGCAUGCGGUCGAUACCUCAGCACGGCGGUCGUGCUCCCGAUGCUUCCGAGCAGCAACACCGCCUCCUUCCGUCUGGGUUCCAACACAGGUUACAAGAUCUGGACGUUCCAAGGCAAACUGCAGUACAAGUGCCAAAAGGAUCAGUUCUACCAGUUCCUGUGGCGACCACAUCCGCCGUCGCUUUUGAAGAAAGAGAAGAUCGAGGAAAUCAAGAAGAAAAUGAAGGAUUACAGCAAACGGUACGAGGCAGAGGACGAGAAACUGCGACUGGAGCAGCGAUCCGCCUUCAUCCGUCAAAGAAAGGAGGAAAUGGACGAAUUUACCAAAGUCCUCGACGGACUCAACCAGUGGAAGGUCGACCAUGAGCUUUACGACGACUGGCAGCUGGCUUAUGAAACAUUCGACGCCCAGUUUGACUGGGAGGAUAAAGAAGAAGUUAUCGAAGACGAACUCGAAGUCAAGGAGGAGAUCAUUACAUAAACUUCGAAACUGGGAGUGGGAGACGAUUCGUGCUUUUUCGUCCUGUCACCUUGCUCUCUACUGGUCGCUUCUUGUCGUUGUCGCUCUCUGUGAAAACUUGUUCUUGUGACACACAUUCUACCCUAUGACCCCAAAAUAGCAGUCAUUUCCUCAGAAUGUGUCAAAACCCGGUCGGGUACUGGUGCUCUCCUAAAUCAAAACCGAGGACGAUUAUAUUGUUCCAUCUCCUCGCCUCCGGGCCCCAUCAGUCUGCUCUUUCUUUCAUGAAAAGCACCUCGGCUGGUGCGUAACACUUCACUGAAAUAACGGAGAAACACGCUGCAACUGUCAUCUUGUCUAGAUGAACAUGAACGUAGCACCGAUCCCUUGGCACGAUGAAGACUCUUCACAUCUCGGCUUUCGGAGCUUUCUAAAGAUUCACCAGACGAUGCGAACGCUGCCCAACAGCCCAGACACACGGUCACUUCCUUGCUGGAUGCCGGAAACACCUGGAGUAUUUGCAGCCGGAUACACGAAUGCUCGCACCAGAAUGAAGCACAAGAGAGUAGAAGAUGUUCAGUGGCUUUAUGCAUAUUCAGGCUUGAUGGUAAGUGUAAUCAGCGUCGGUUUCACGAUGAACAAAAGAGGAGCCCCGCGCUACGGUAGGCGAUGCAGAAGUUGUGUUUCGGCAGAUGGAAGCAAUUCCUCUCUCGCCUUUGGACUGAUGUGAAGUGCGUGCGGAACCGAUGUUUGUACCAAAGGGAACAAGCGCGUAAAAGAUCGAAUGCGCCGCGUUAGUUUCGGUUACACUCCGUGCCGUACACCACCACUGCCACGAUGCACAGCAUUUGUGCGUGCUUACAUUUCGAACGAUCUCCCUAAGCUCGACGCUGUUGUGUAUCGAUGUUGCACCUAGGAGACUCCUUCACCGAAGUGCCAGUUUGGCGCAAGGGCCUCCGAUGUUCUUUCCGAGCUGGCUGUUCAUUUGCAAGCGCACACACGACUACGGCUCAGACAAAAGAAUGUUACUCAGA